UCCCUGUGGUGAGCAGCGAGCUUCCUUUAUUCUCCUCUCCCUGCGUCUCACUCAGGGCCUCCGUCACGGCUGAAGAGCAGCUUCUAUUGCUUCUAUAACCACCAGGAAAAGUCUCAGCAGCUCCAACUUAUCAUUAUUAUCAUUUUAAUUCACGAUGGCUCUCCAUAUAUCUGGUCUAAUAACGAUGGUCAUCUUUUAUUUGUUGGUGCUGGGGAUUGGGAUCUGGGCUUUUUUGAAAUCUAAGAAGAUGGAGAAAAAUUCAGCUGGUGGACAGGUGGAAGUUUCUUUUUUGGCUAAUCGGAGGGUCACCUUGGCAGUGGGCGUCUUCACCAUGACAGCUACUUGGGUUGGAGGUGCCUUUAUCAUUGGAGUUGCAGAGACUGUUUAUGACCCCACAAAGGGGUUAAUCUGGGCUCUCAUUCCUCUACAAAUAUCAGUUUCAUUCAUCAUCGGUGGUCUGUUCUUCGCAAAGCCGAUGCGGGAUAAAAAUUACAUCACCAUGAUGGAUCCCUUUCAGAGGAAGUAUGGGACAACACUGACCGGGCUUCUCGCCAUCAUCCCUUUCAUAAGUGAAGUCAUGUGGGUUCCUGUCACGCUGAUUUCCUUGGGAGUCACACUUUCCGUCUUUUCCGAUCUGCCCUUAAGUCUCUGCAUCUGGAUCUCUGCUGCGGUGGCCAUCGUCUACACAGUUCUUGGAGGUCUCUAUUCAGUUGCUUUUACUGAUGUCAUCCAGUUAUCACUGGUGUUUUGUAGCUUGUGGUUGUGUGCUCCCUUCGUUCUGGCGAGUGAUGUCUACACCGACCUCCGUCAAACGGCUUUCAACCACACAUUUCAGGCGCCCUGGCUCGGCCGCCUUGAGCCUGAUGACGUGUGGAUAUGGAUCGAUAAUUUUCUCGCAAUGAGUGUUGGAAAUUUGGCGUUUCAGGACUUCUAUCAGAGGACACUCUCCUCCAGCUCCACGGCCACGGCCAGAAUGAUUUGUUUCAUAGCGGCAGGUGUGGUCAUUGUUCUGGGAAUUCCACCUGUGCUGAUCGGAGCUGUUGCAGCAUCAACAGACUGGAACCUGACCUCUUAUGGCUCACCUUCACCCUAUGAGCGAGGAGAGGCUGCCAUGGCGUUGCCCAUUAUCCUUUUGCAUCUUACCCCCACCGCUGUUUUCGUUGUCGCCAUGGGAGCCAUCGCCGGCGCUGCCAUGUCAUCCACUGACUCGUGCCUGCUGGCGGCAACCUCCAUCUUCACCACCAACAUCUACACCCUCGUUAGGCAUCAGGUAUCAGAGAAAGAGCUGCAGUGGGUGAUCCGCCUCUCCAUAGUGGUCGUAGGGACUGUAGGAACCUCACUCACCUACCUGGACAGCAGAACGUUGGCCUUCUGGAUCCUCAGCUCUGACUUGACCUACACCGUCAUGCUCCCCCAGCUGAUCUGCAUCCUCUUCGUCGGAUCAUCCAAUGCCUACGGGGCUGUGGCAGGUUACGUUGUUGCCUUUGUGAUGAGAGUGCUGUGUGGCGAGCCGGUGUUCAACCUUCCCGCCAUCCUGCGUUUCCCUGGCUGCUCUCUGGAGGAUGGUGUUUAUGUGCAGCGCUGGCCUUUCAAGACCACUUGCAUGCUGUCCUCUCUGGUCACCAUCCUGGUAUUUUCUUAUGCGACAUCGCUCUUGUUCAACAAGGGGAUCCUCCCAGAGAGGUGGGACCUGUUCAGGGUGAAGACUCAAGAAGAAACAGCACCAGCAGAUGGCGCCAGACUCGGUGAAAAUGAUAAACAUGCAUCUGAACCGAUGUUGGACACAAGAUGCUAAGUUUAUCUUUUUUUCCUACAUUUUCAAGUCUUCAGCACUUCUGCUAUAUUAAAUGAUGCACAUUGGUAAUGGCAAUGUUGCCUGAUUUCUGGAUUACUUUUGUUGUUAUGCAAAAUAAAAUGAACAAAUGCCUUUUACUUCACAGCUAGUUAAACAUUAUGUUUACAAUUACCUUGAGUCAGAAAACAAUUAAUCCCCACCAAGCUGCUUAGAGCACAUUUUACAUGUUUUUUUUUUUAAUCAUUAUUUAAGAGAAAUAUCUGCUCUGCUGUAACAGCAGCAUAUUUGUGUAUAUCACUAUUUGUGUGGGUAACUCCGUAUAACAACCACUGCUAAUAAUGAACUGAUUGUUAGUUAAACUUGAGUAAAUAGCUAUUUUACUGUUGACAUUUCAAUAAUAAAUAUGUCGUACUAAUCAGUGGGCAUGUUAUACUUUAAAUCUGUUUAUGUCAUUAAGUUGUGCAAUAUAAAAUUCCAUACU